AUUGGAGCUCCAACACGACGAAAGAUAUAUAACAUCCCACCCCCUAUAUAUAUAGAGCCAAGAAGCUCCUUAAUUUCUAAGCCACACAAAGCAACCCCCUCCAAAAAAUAUCCCGGUUAGAGAUAGAGAGAUGGGUUCUGUGGGAUCUGAUCAUAAGCCCCAUGCAGUGUGCAUCCCCUACCCCGCGCAGGGCCACGUGACGCCCGUGUUGAAGGUGGCUAAGCUCCUCCACUCCCUCCAUGGAUUCCACAUCACCUUCGUCAACACCGAGUACAACCACCGCCGCCUUCUCCGGUCACAGGGCCCGGCCGCUCUCGAUGGCCUCCCCGACUUCCGAUUCGCCACCAUACCCGACGGCCUCCCCUUCUCGGAUGAGGAUAAGACGCAGGACGUCCCCUCCCUCUGCCGGUCCACCAUGACCAACUGCCUCCCCCACUUCCGCAAACUCCUCGCGGAGCUCAACGACCCGUCAUCGGGCGUCCCGAAGGUAACCUGCGUCGUCUCCGAUGCCGUCAUGAGCUUCACGCUGGACGCCGCAAAGGAGCUCGGCAUCCCCAUCGUCCUCUUUUGGACUGCUAGUGCCAUUGGCUACAUCAGCUAUCGCCACUACAGGCAACUCAUGGAGAAGGGUAUCUUUCCGCUUAAAGAUGUAGGUCAGCUAACUGAUGGGUAUCUCGAAACACCGAUCGAUGGGGUACCGGGAGCGACGAACAUGAGACUACGAGACUUCCCCAGCUUCAUCCGUACGGUGGACGCCGACGACAUCAUGGCGAACUUCCUCCUACGCGAGGCAGAGCGCACCGCCAUGGCGUCCGCUGUCCUCCUCAACACGUUCGACGAUUUCGAGCGCCCAGUGCUCGAAGCCAUGGCGGCAAUCCUGCCACCCAUGUACACCAUCGGCCCCCUCCCCCUCCUCGCCCGCCACAUCCCCCAUGGCCCACUCAGCUCCGUGGGCUCCAGCCUGUGGAAGGAGGAGUCCGCUUGCUUAAAAUGGUUGGAAAACAAAAGGCCGGGGUCCGUUGUCUACGUGAACUUCGGUAGCAUAACAGUCAUGACGAACCAGCAACUGAUAGAGUUCGCGUGGGGGCUCGCGAAUAGCGAGCACGAGUUUCUGUGGAUCAUCAGGCCCGACGUUGUUAAGGGCGACGCCGCGCUGCUCCCGCCGGAGUUUGUAGCGGGGACGAGGGAGAGGGGGCUCAUGGCGAGCUGGUGCCCGCAGGAGGAAGUGCUUCGCCACCCCGCGGUGGGCGCGUUCCUCACACACAGCGGGUGGAACUCCACGCUGGAGAGCGUGUGCGGUGGGGUGCCGAUGCUGAGCUGGCCCUUCUUUGCAGAGCAGCAAACCAACUGCAGAUACGUGAGCACGGAGUGGGGUAUAGGGAUGGAGAUCGACAACGACGUGAAGCGGAAGGAGGUGGAGGGGUUGAUAAGAGAGAUCAUGGGAGGUGAGAAGGGGAAGGAGAUGAAGAGGAGGGCCAUGGAGUGGAAGGAGAUCGCGGUGAAGGCGACGCAGGAGGGUGGUCCCUCUUUCGUAAAUUUCAACAAGUUGGUUCACCAAGUGCUGCUUCCAAAAAAAGAUGUUGUCUAGAUAUGUAUGUUUUGAACGGUGCAUGUAUGCUCCGUAUCGUAGUUUAAAAGAUAAAGAAAAAGAAAUGCUAAAUCUAGGAUAAAAUAAAGUAUUAUAAAGAAAACGAGUUUUGGAUAGUUGUAGAAUUAUAACUCGGUAUUUCUUUAUUUACAAAUUAUCGAUAGACGAAGUAAUUAAGUGGAACUAAGUUGGUGAUAGCUAUAAUUUUGGGAAUAAAUUAAAUAAAUGGAUAUGUGGUGAAAAAAAA